AUGAGACAUGAUUUUGCACCAGAUUUUACAAGUUCUGAAAUCAAGGAACUUUAUCCAAGGAGGUACCCAACUCAUGGUUCCAAAGAUGCUAGAAAAGUUGUUGCACAAGAGAGUAAGAGAGGCUGGUCUCAACAAGCCAACUUGCAACCAAACCAGGGGCACGCCAUUGUCCAAUGCUUAGACCAGAAAAGUGACAUCCCAAAGGCCAUGGAGAAUAGAAGUGUCAGCCAAAACACUUUGAUCAGAACCACAGCAAAACCAUUGCUAGAUACUAUGCAAGUAAAGGCUAAGGUAAGUCCUAUACAUGAUAAUUUGGUUUAUGAAUCUUCUUCCACUGGUAUAAGUCACUUGUCUUUGUCAGAGAAUGUUAAGACAGGUCCUGAGGUCAAGCAAAAUCCGAACUCCAUACCCUUGUUGGAAUCAAGAGUUGUCCAUGAUUUAUUUCCAAGAAAAAUGGAGAUUCCAAACCAAAAGAAAGAAGAGGCAUCAACCCAAGGUAUUGUAUCAGGAAUUAAGGAGCAAGAACUUAAAAGAGAAGAUCUAGUCUACCAGCAUGGCAUUGCUAAAGAGGAGGAAGCCAUAAGUGAGGCUGGAAGAAAUGAUUUGUUGCUUAAAGAAGCAAAACCAGUAAUCAAAGUAUCAAACCAAGGUAAGUGUUUAACAACACCUUUAGAUACUGGUUUAAAUUUUUAUAAUCUUGGUACAGGGAUACCAGAUGAGAGCUCUAUGCUUACUGAAGUGCCAAGGGCCGAGCCAGACCAUGAACUCAAUCAAAAUCCACACCACAA